ACUCUCCCAACAUUCAUCAAUUGCUCCCCCAGCAGGUCAGCCAGCAGGUCAGACAGCUAGAGAACAGCUGGACUGAAAAGCAAUAUGACCCAUUCCGCCUCCCCUCCCGUCAACAACGCCCCCCCCUCUUCCCCAGAUAUCUACAAUGCUAGCUCCAUUGCUGAGAUCCGAGCGACGCUCACGCACCUCCACGAUCAAGAAGCCUCGGUAACAGCACGGCUGGACGCCCUGGUUGCCUCGCAAAAGGACUUCUCCCGGGAACUCGGACGGUUGGACCUACUCCGCGCCCAUCUGGGUUCCCAAACCAGCACCACCCGAGCAAUCAGCCACGGGAUGCUCGCGGACGCCGCCACCACCGCCGAUCGGAUCUCGAGUGCCGUGCGCCGCCUGGAUCUGGAACAGUUCCGGGUCAAGACAACGCUACAGGUCGUGGAGCAGGUCUCGGAGCUGAAGGCUUGCGUGCUGGGUGUUGCUGGGUCCAUGGGCGCGCCUCAGGACUGGGAGACCGCCGCGACUUACUUGAAUCGAGCGGCGAAGGUGCCACGCGAAGUGGUGACUGGGAAAUUUGCCGCCGAGAUGGUCCCCACCGCUGAGGUGCCGGAUCCGCCCAAUGUGACUUUGGAGAAUGCCGCGGAGUCGCUGUGUGGAUUGUUUUUGAGGGAGUUUGAAAAGGCCGUCAAGGAGAAUAAUGGGGCCAAGAUCACCAGGUUUUUCAAGUUGUUUCCGUUGAUUGGGCGCUCCGAGGUUGGCCUGGAUGUUUAUGGGCGGUAUGUUUGCCAGGGUGUUGCGUCGAGAGCCAGGUCGAAUUUGAAUGCGACAUCUGCGGGAGGAGCUGCUGGUGGAGCUGCGCAGGUGCAGAAGGACGGGUUCUUCUAUGCCAACACGCUUACGAAGCUGUUCGAGCAUAUUGCCCAGAUCAUUGAUGGGCAUGGAGGACUGGUGGAGCGGCACUAUGGGCCGAGGAAGAUGAAUCGCGUGAUUGAGCGGCUGCAGUUGGAGGCUGAUGUGCAGGGGGGGAUCGUCCUGGAUACCUGGAGUGAUGAGAGGCAGGUCGAUCGCAAGCUAAUGGAUAUCAAAUCCUAUGCGUUUACCUUCUUGGUGCAGAGCUUUCUGCCGCCGCAACGAAGUGCGACGUCGCGGUCGAAUUCUCCAGCUACACGGGACAGUAUCGAGGAUGAAGGGGUUGAUAUGAAGGAGAUAGAUGGGCUGCUGAAUGAGAUGGCCGUUAUGCUGGGACGGUGGUCACUCUACUGUCGAUUCCUGGCAGAAACAUGCAACUCCACCGACGAUGCCGGCGACGACGAGAAAAAGAAAAAGAAAAAGAAAAAGAACAAGGAGUUUACGCUCCCCCAGUUCCUCCACGAAUCAACCCUCUCCAAGAAAAUUGGAGACCGUCUGAUCUCCCCCUUCAACUCCAUGACGACUUUCUUCUUCCGCCGCUCUGUGGAAAAGGCAUUCCAGCUCGACGAGCAACCAUCCGGUCUUACCUUAAACCCGCAGCGUCCAUUGAAGGCAAACCCGCCGCACAUCACCUCCGCCGUCGACGAUAUUAUGUACAUCGUCAACAAAGUCCUCCAGCAGUCCCUCGCAACAUCCCAAAUCGCCGUUGUCACCAGCGUCGUGCCAACGCUCUCCCGCGUGCUGGGCUCCGACUUCAUCGGCAUGACGCAACGCAAGAUGCGCGAUGAGUGCUACCCCCGCGCCACCCACCAGGGCGCUCCACCGCCCGAACACAUCGUGAUCUCCUUCCUCGUGCUGAUCAACAACCUCGACGUCGCCGUCGACUACAUCCGGCGCAUCGUGCAGAAUAUCACCGAGGCCAAACAAACCAUCCCGGGUCCAGACGGCCAAUCCGAAGAAACCGACCAGCUCCACACGCUCUUCCCCUCCGCAGCGGAUGCCUCCCUCGUCGCCCAAACCCUCCAAUCUCUUUCCUCUAGCUUUGAAGCAAAAGUCACCGACCUCCUCUCCGACGGCAUCCAAGUCGUCUUCAACAACCUCAUCAAGCACCGUCUCCGCCCGAUCCUCUCGGACGCCUUCCGCGACAUCGACUACCAACCCGGCACAGACUCCGCCCCGACCUCUACGUCCGCCAAUACAAACAACUACUACGAUUCGGACGACUCCACAACAGCAACAACCAACACCGCCGCCCAUCUCCAUCACCAUCACCAUCACCAUCACCACCACGACCCAGACGACCCAGACAACCCAGACGACGACGACGACAACACCCACAAUCUCCGCGCCGAGGUCGUCCGCCCGCGCUUCAGCUUCAGCUGGACGGAACUGCUCCUCCCGUUCUCGCGAAUCCUCAACCCGCCAGCCUUUGACCGCCUCCUCGGCGUCACAACCGCUUACCUCGCGCGCCUGCUCGAGAAGCGUCUCUGGGCCUACGCCGGCCGAGUGAACGCGCUCGGCGCCACGCGACUCGAGCGCGAUGUCGCCGCGCUUGUUAGCGCCGCCGUAGACGUGGGCGGGGGUAAGCUCGGUGCUGGGCACGGUAGUGGGGCGGGCGGCGGGUCAUCCGGGCCGGUCUUGGUUUCGGGCCGGUACAAGCACCGCGAAACCUUUGCGCGAUGUCUACAGAUGGGGCUUGUGCUGGGGAUGGACGAGGAUGAGUGGGAGGAUGUGGUGCGGGGCGGGGAGACGGUGGAAGUAGUGGGGAAGUUGAGUGCGGACGAGAGGAGGAGAGUUAGGGCGAUGGUUGUGAAGCGGUAGUUUUUUUUUUUUUUCUAUUCUAUUCUAUUCUAUCCUAUAUUAUUAUAUUAUUGUUGUUGAUGUUAGAGAUACAUAAAGUAGAUUCAUUC